AUGGCGGCCCUGCAGCAUGAUGCUCCAGUCCUCUCUGCAGGCACAACACGCUCGCUGCUCCGCAACACAGGAACGCGCUUCGUGUCUGUCUCCGGUGGACCCAGCCACGACCAUGUGAACGGGACGCUGUCGUCGAUCGCGCGGGGCACGGCGGACAGCAGGGGGACGCCAGAAGGCCCCCUGCUUCAGGAUGCGUACGAUCAGUCAAGUGUACCAAUGGGGCCCAAUGGAACAUUUGUUGUGGGCAUGCUAGUCCGGUGUGAAGAGUGCGGUAAAAAGUUCAUCAACUCUUUCUACCUGGAGAAACACAAGAACAAACGCCAUCGGGGAAAUACGCGGAGAGAGACAAUGGAUGUCACGCCUCCCGACACCGUGGUUUGGCAGGAGAAAGACCCGCGAGAACCUGCUGUCCGAUCAGAUGUGCGACUAGGCAGUUCGGAGCACUUCUUUGGCGCCCCAGGGCAAACCGCUGAUACGGCAACACUAAAGCCCAUGUCCUUUGCUCGGCAGUCAAGAUUGGCAUCUGCUAGUCGCGUGACACCGCGAGUCCUGAGUCGCCAAUUGAGCGCCACUCGGUUCCAAAAACCCUUUUUCGAAUCGGCUGAACCAGUGGUGCUCCCCGAUGUGGGGGACUCCAGCCAGCAAUUGAAGGCGGAAAUGCAGAAAGAAAUGCACGAAGUCGUUAAGACGUUCCAUACAAUGCUGAAGGAUGAACUAAGAGGACUGCAAUCCCAGCUUGCCAAUAUUGAGACGUUCAGUGAGGAGGUUCAAUCGCAUGAUAAUGAUGAAGAUGAAGACUCAGGCAAGUCGACGCAGCCGGCGGAACAAGCGCCGACCCCCCGUCCCAGCAGCGCUCCAAGUUUGCCGGCACCGGCUGCUCCUACUCCUCCCCCCAACGUUCGACCCUGCCCAGGAAGUCCUGGAACAUCAGGAACAGAGGGAUCGGAGGAGUCGAAAGCACUACGGCAAGCGGUUCACGCGCUUCUCACGUUCUCACACCGGGAGUUCCUCGUUCGCUCGCAGUUGGCAGAUGUGGUGAAGCACAAUUCGAAACCUCCACCCGAGGAAAUUGAGCGGCAGCUGGGAUUAUCACCCGCCACGAUUUCUUCGCAGCUCACAAAGAGCUUCUUAACAGCAGGCUUUCAGCACUACCAGCGGUCCGGAAUGACAACAGGCAACGCGCCUCAAAACUUCGAACCCAUCAAUUGCCCGCCAGCCCUAUCUUGUGCCGACGGCAGCUGUUGCUACCAUUUGCACAAGGAAGUUCCUCCGCGGCGGUUCUCACUGAUGCCCAAACUGUUCCGCUUCCGCGACCGCAUGCGAAACAGUGCCCCUGUCAACAUCAAGUUUCCCUCUUCUGUCCUCGCCAACACCAACUUCUGCAACAGAAUCCCACCAUCGCUGCCGCUACCAGUGGCCGUCGGAGGCGGGGUUCGCGGAGGAGGCCCCUACGGAUACUGUCGAGAGAGCGCCGACCUGCCGCAGGUGCCGCCUGCCUACUCCGCAGCCAUGCCGCCCUGCCGGCCAGAUGCAGCCCAGGGCGAAGCGGCUUCAGGGUAUACAUACACCGUUGAGGAGCAUCCGUCCCACCCGUAUGGCGGGGGUUUCGGUCCCGCGGCAUCUUCGCGGCCCCUGCUGGAGAUUCGCCCGUACCAGGUCAGCGCCGGUCCGAGGGCACAAGGGCCUUCGGCUCAGCAGGGGGACGGCGUGGGAAACCCAGACCACGGGAAUGUGGUUCGAUUGGAGCCUGAGAGCGAGAAGCGGUGUUCGCAUAUCAUCCAGAACCGUGCCUCGCCUCCGAGCGGGGGCGCCUCGGCUCCCCUUGGGGCUGCCUUUGACGCUGGACUGACCGGCGACGGCUUUCGCAGCCGCAGUCGGCCCAAAUCGAUCGCGGAAUCGAAUCCUGCACAGCCCGGGUCCGUCGGCGACCCACCAGGCGGCGAGCUCUCAGUGAAAGAAGCUUACUUGCGGGAGCCGCAGCGCGCGCUCUCGCCCCUCGAUGCGCGCGGCUCUCUAGCCAGCAAAAGCGCCUGGCCCGCGCCAAGUAGUUGGGUGUCGUCGAAUGCCUUCCUUCCCUGUGGCGCUGACUCCAGAAGGCCGGAGACGCACGCCAGCUUUUUCGACACUGCUACAGACAGACCAGCGGAUCCGCCGGGCGCUAGUCGCCCUCAGCCGGCCGCCGCCUGGGAGUGUAUGGUGGAUGCCUCGGAAACCGCCACUGCUGCCCAUGACGCGUUUGCAAACGCAGCACAGCACUCAAGCACGAUAAACGGAGACGGUUGGCAGAAGAGCGGAUCUGGAGCAGACCGGAGACAAGGAAGUGGCCCCUGGCAAUACAUGGUCCAAGACGACUGA